AUGCCUUCCAAGAUGAAAGCCAUGAAGGAUCUGCUCAUUUGUGCUGGCAAAUUUACAUAUAGCAUUUUGGAUGCUUUACUUUCCUUCAUAGUUCCAAGGCCAAAGAAAAAUGUUGCUGGUGAAAUAGUCCUUAUAACAGGAUCUGGAAGUGGAAUUGGACGAUUAUUAGCCUUAAGAUUUGCCCAUCUGGGAGCUAUCCUUGUUCUCUGGGAUAUCAAUCCAGAGGGCAACCAGGAAACUUGUGAAUUGGCCAAAAAAGCUGGUGCAUCAGGAGUGUAUACCUAUACCUGUAACUGCAGUGAAAAGCAAGAUAUCUACCGAGUGGCAGAUCAGGUUAAAAAAGAAGUUGGUGAUGUCACCAUCCUCAUUAAUAAUGCUGGAGUUGUAACAGGAAAACCGUUCCUUGAGAUUCCAGAUGAAUGUGUGGAAAAGUCAUUUGAUGUGAACAUCAAAGCACAUAUCUGGACUUACAAAGCCUUCCUUCCUGCUAUGAUUGCUAAUAACCAUGGACACUUGGUUUGCAUUGCAAGUUCAGCUGGAUUACUUGGUAUAAGUAAGCUAUCGGAUUAUUGUGCGAGUAAAUUUGCAGCCUUUGGAUUUGCCGAGUCCUUGUUUAUAGAACUAUUUGCCCAAGGACAUACUGGGAUUAAAACAACUAUUGUUUGUCCAUUUUUCAUAAAAACUGGGAUGUUUGAAGGUUGUACUACUGCAAAUCCUCUCCUGUUGCCAAUUCUAGAGCCAGAUUAUGUAGUCAAUAAGAUAAUGAAUGCGAUUCUGGAAGAACAAGUUUACCUGUUUUUGCCACGAUUUAUAUACUUUGUAUUAUUUUUAAAAAGCUUUUUGCCGGCCAAGACAGGAUUGAUUAUAUGUGAAUACAUGAAAAUCUUGGAUGUAAUGAAUUGCUUCAAAGGAAGAGUAAAGAAGGACUGAAAACCAAACUCUAAGGAAGAUGUCACUUAAAAAUCCAAUUCCAGCAUUGCCAAAUAUUUGUUAUUUUAGUGAAGAAAUAACUAAUGC